AUGGCGGUAUCGCGUGGUAAAAUGGCCAACCGUGUCAAUGCGACAAAAGCGCAGCUCAUUAAAAUCACCAGAGAAAACGUGGAAUUGAAGAAAACCCUGGCAACCUUGAAAAAACGAAAAGCUGACAAUUAUGAUGGACUCCGCGCGCAAUUGAAGGAAUUAAAGGAGAAAUUGAAAAACGCAACAUUGGAAUUGAAAACACGGAAUCAGGAAUUGAGAGAAAGCGAGAAGAGCAGAAGUAAUCGAGGUGAUAUUAUCAAAGGAUUGGAAAUGAGUUUGGAACAUCAGAAAAAGUUGCGAUCGGAAGCGAGAAAAGAAUGGACGGCGAAAUCGAAAUUCCUUGUUGAAUUGGCGAAAAAGAAGAGCGGAAAGAAGGAGAUUAUCAAAGUUGGACCACCAAAAACUUAA